GCGAAGGAGGUGGCAAAACUGCUGGAGAUGAAGGCACAGCUGGGGGGAGAUGAGGGGAAACACAAAUUUGUGCUCAAGACCCCAAAGGGCACGCGGGACUACAGCCCCAAGCAAAUGGCCAUUCGUGAGAGUGUCUUUAAUGCGAUCAUCACCUGCUUCAAGCGCCAUGGAGCAGAAGUCAUUGAUACGCCAGUGUUCGAGCUGAAGGAGACGCUGACAGGGAAAUAUGGUGAAGACUCAAAGCUCAUUUACGAUCUGAAAGAUCAAGGAGGAGAGCUGCUGUCCCUGCGCUACGACCUGACAGUGCCGUUCGCUCGCUAUUUGGCAAUGAACAAGAUCACCAACAUUAAGCGCUACCACAUCGCUAAGGUGUACAGGCGGGACAACCCGGCCAUGACCAGGGGCCGCUACAGGGAGUUCUACCAGUGUGAUUUUGACAUUGCUGGGCAGUUCGACCUGAUGAUUCCUGAUGCAGAGUGCCUGAAGAUUGUGCACGAGAUCCUGAGUGACCUGCAGCUUGGGGACUUUCUCAUUAAGGUGAACGAUCGGCGCAUCCUUGAUGGGAUGUUUGCAGUUUGUGGUGUCCCAGACAGCAAGUUCCGAACGAUCUGCUCCAGCGUUGACAAACUGGAUAAGAUGCCAUGGGAAGAAGUGAGGACUGAGAUGGUAGGAGAGAAGGGGCUCUCUCCCGAGGCUGCGGAUCGCAUCGGGGAGUAUGUCCAGCUGCACGGUGGCCUGGACCUGAUUGAGCGGCUUCUCCAGGACCCAAAGCUGUCCCAGAACAAGCUGGCCAAGGAGGGGCUGGGGGACAUGAAGCUGCUGUUUGAGUACUUGACGCUGUUUGGCAUCACAGGGAAGGUCUCUUUCGACCUGAGCCUGGCGCGGGGCCUGGACUAUUACACAGGGGUGAUCUUUGAGGCUGUGCUGCUACAGCAGGAGAACGACCAUGUGGAGGAGCCUGUCAGCGUUGGGAGUGUGGCUGGGGGCGGGCGCUAUGAUGGGGUGGGGGGUGUUUGGGGGAUGUUUGAUCCCAAGGGACGGAAGGGGCCCUGCGUGGGGGUCAGCAUUGGGAUUGAGCGGAUCUUCUCCAUCCUAGAGCAGAGAGUGGAGGCUUCUGAGGAAAAGAUCAGGACAACAGAGACACAGGUGCUGGUGGCCUCUGCCCAAAAGAAGCUCCUUGAAGAGCGGCUGAAGCUCAUCUCUGAGUUGUGGGAUGCUGGAAUCAAGGCAGAAGUGCUGUACAAGAAGAACCCUAAGCUGCUGAGUCAGCUGCAGUACUGCGAGGAAACGGGCAUCCCUCUUGUUGCUAUUGUGGGUGAGCAGGAGCUCAAGGAUGGAGUUGUCAAGCUGCGGGUUGUGGCAACCAGGGAGGAGGUCAACGUUCGCAGGGAGAGCCUGGUUGAGGAGAUCAGGAUGCGAACAAGCCGGCCUUGA